GGCUCGCGGAAACGGCCCCUCCCCGCGCGCCUUCGGCCACGGAGCCGCUCGCGGGACCCGCGGGGAGCCCCGAGACGCCCCCCGGGAGCGCCUGGGACCCCCCGAGGUCCCCGCGGAGCCCCCCCAUGAAGCCCCCCGGGGCCGUGGGGACGCUGCUGCGCGCGCUCGGCCGCCGCGAUGGCCCCGACACGGUAGGACCGGGGGUGGUCCCCGUGAGGGCACUGGGCAGUUACUGGGAGCACUGGGAGGGCACUGGACACUCACUGGGAGCACUGGGAGGGCACUGGGCAGUUACUGGGAGCACUGGGGGGUUCCUUGGGUGGUUACUGGGGUCACUGGGGAGUUCACUGGAGGCAGUGGGCGCUUACUGGGGAUUGCUGGGGCAGCGGGAGGGUAUGGGGGGGUACUGGGGGGUCCCCGGGGGGUCCCUGGGGGUUCCUGAUGUCGCCGUUGUCCCCCCAGUUUGCAAAGUCGCCGCCCACAAGAGAUGUGAGAGCAAGGUGACGUCACCGUGCCAACCUCUGCCCCCGCCUGAGCUGGUGAGUGGGGGCGGGGCGCGACCUCCCCGCAGCCGCCGGGCAGGACCGAGACCCCCCAAAUCCCCCUCGAGACCCCCAAACCCCGCGGGCCCGACCCGAACUCCCGAAGCACCCCCGGACAGGACCCCCCUGCUCCCCUCGGGACCCCCAAACUCCCCGGGCAGGAUCAGGGACCCCACGGAAGGGGUGAAACCCCCCCAAGCCCCCCCGAGCAGACGACAGGACCCCCCCUCGGGACCCCCAUGUCAGGACCCCGCACCCCCGAUAUUCCCGCUGGACCCACUGCUGGGGCAACUGCUGGGGCAGCUGGGCCCCGAGCAGGCGCUGAACGCGCUGAGCAUGAGGAGGUUCUGCGAGGAAAAACUGGGGGGGGUCCUGCAGCCCUCCCAGCGCAGGUACACGGAGGAUUUCGGGGCGCUGCUCUCGGGGCGGCUCCGCCUGAACAGCUCCCCCCAGUUCCUGCACCACGUCCUGCUGCCCCCCCUGCCCGCCUACGACCCCCCCGACGGCUGCCGCCCCUUCCUCAAGAUUUACCAAUCGCUGCAGCUCGUCUACACCUCGGGGGUCUACCCCCCCGCCUCGCAGUCGCUCUGUGUCACCCUGGAACCGGCGCUGCUGCUCAAGGGGGACGUGAUGGUGCGCUGUUACCACCGGCGGCGGGGGGGGCGCGAGGCGGUUUUUGGGGUUCAGUUCCACACGGGGACCCUGCGCGGGCCCCGCCUGAGGCUGCGCCGGGACGAGCUCGACCUGGCCUGGCAAGGUGGGGGCACGGGGGGUGCCCGGGGCCGGGAGAGCCCGCGGAGCUGCGGGGCUUGGGGGGCACGGGAGGACACGGGGAGUUUGGGGGUGCUGGGGGGGCUCCCCCACGGCCGCCCCCCGCCCCCCACGGCCGCCGAGCGCCGGGAGCUGGAGCAGCUGCUGGGGGGGUUCGGGGUGCGGGGGGGCCGCGAGAGCCCCGGCCCGGGGGAGGAGCCCCCUGACACCCCCGAACCGCUCGGGACCCCCACAGCCUAUGGGAGCCCCGAGCCGCUCGGGACCCCGGCGCCCUACGGGAAUCCCACGCCCUACAGGAGCCCGGUGUCCCACGGCGCCCCCCCAUUCCACGGGACCCCCGUGUCCCACGAGGUCCCCCCACCCCACGGGGCGCCGCUGUCCUAUGGGACCCCAAUGUCCCAUAAGACCCCCCUCUCCCACGGGACCCCCCCAUUCCAUGGGACCCCCGCUCCCCACAGCCCCCCCACAUCCUGCGGGACCCUGACACCCCACGGCUUCCCCCCAUCCUGUGGGGCCCCCAAACCCCAGGGGUCCCCCACACCCUACGACACCCCAAAGCCCUACGGGACCCUGGUGUCCCACGAGACCCUGACAUUCCAUGGCCCCCCGGCAUCCCAGGGGUCCCCAACUUCCUACGGGACCCCGGCGCCCCAUGGCCCCCCAGUAUCCCCCGGGACCCCAAUAUCCCUCGGGGUCCCAGCGCCCUACGGGACCCCGAUAUCCCACAGGACCCCAAUAUCGCGGGGGUCCCCGACAUUCCACGGGACCCCGCUGUCCCAGGACGCCCUGGUGCCCAACAGCAGCUCGGUGUCCCAGGGGACUUUAACAUUCCCGGGCUCGCUGCUGCCCUACAGCCCCCCAGCAUCCCAUGGGACCCCGACAUCCCUGGAGACCCCGACUCCCUAUGGCACCCCAACAUCCCAGGGGUCCCCGUCACCCUAUGGGACCCCAAAAUCCUAUGGGACCCCACCAUCUCAUGGAUCCCCAACGCCCCAGAGCCCCCCACCAGCCCAGAAGUCCCCCGUGUCCUACAGCCCCCUAAUGCCCCACGGGACCCCAAUAAUCCAUGAGACCCUGACACCCUAUGGGACCCCGACAUCCCAGGAGACCCCAGCCCCCCACAGCCCCCCGACAUCCUACAGCCCCCCAAAGCCCCACGGCACCCCAGCAUCCCCCGGGGUGCCGAUCUCCCACAUCACCCCGAUAUCCGAGGGGCUCCCAGCCCCCCACGGGACUCCGAUGUCCCACGGCCCCCCCGCAUCCCUCAGCCCCCCGGCACCCCACGGGAUCCCAGCGCCUGCCAGCCCCCCCGCCGCUCACAGCCUCCCAGUGUCCCCCAGCCCUCCUAGCUCUUGGGCCCCCCCCAGCGCCUGGGCUCCCCCGUGCCCCCCCCUGUGCCGCCGAGCCAGCCUGGCCUCGCCCCGGGACCCCCCAAAACGGGGGGUGCAGCGCUCGCUGUCCGAGGGGUUCCCCCCGUGGGGGGGCUACGGGCGCCCCGUGGCGGGGGGCUACCUGCUUUUGGGGGGGCUCCCGCCCCUCUGCCCGUGCCAGGACUGCCAGGGCUGGGGGGGCAUCUCCCCGCUCCCCACCCGCCCGGUUUAUGGCGGGCACGCCUGGGGGGCCCCCCCCGCGCCGUCUCUGGAGCCCCCAAGUUGCCCCCACUGUGGCCGCCCCGGGCUGGGACUGGAGCGGGGGCCCCCCCCCGGAAAAGGGGGCUACGCCCCCCCCGCCGUGGGCGAGCCCCAGGAGCCGACAGGUAAAGAUGGGGGCGCGAAGGGGUUAAUGGGGGCGCUGGGAGGGGUAGCUUGGAGGGUUAAAUGGGGGGGUCGGUGGGGGCCCCCGCUUGUGCCCCCUCCCCCGGUGCGACUCCCGCGUGUCUCCCCAGCCGUGUCCCUGCUCAAGGCGGCCCCUCCCGGCUCCUUCCUCGUCCGCCGCAGCAGCAGCUUCCCGGGGGCCUUCGGGCUCGCGCUCAGGGUGGGGGUCCCGCCCCCCCGCGCCGCCCCCAGAGCGGGGGACCCCCAGGAGCAGCUGGUCCGGCACUUCCUGAUCGAGACGGGCCCGCGGGGGGUCAAAAUCCGGGGGUGCCCAGAAGAGCCUUACUUUGGGAGCCUCCCAGCGCUGGUGCUGCAGCACUCCAUCACCCCCAUCUCGCUGCCCUGCACCCUCCGCAUCCCCCACGCAGAGCUGCAGGAGGAGCCCCCGGACCCCCCGGGACCCCCCAAUGUCAGCACGGCCGGAGCCCUCCUGCGGCAGGGGGCAGGUGGGGCUGGGGGCACCGGGGGACUCUUUUUCCGCCGGCACUACCCCGUGAGCAGCGUCACCCACUGCGGCACCGACCCACAGGAGCGCAGGUGGGCGAACCCCGACGGGACCACGGCCAGGAUUUUCGGGUUCGUGGCGAAGCAGGCGGGGGCCCCGGGGGGGGGCAACGCGUGCCACGUGUUCGCGGAGCUGGACCCCGAGCAGCCGGCAGGGGCCAUCGUCACCUUCGUCACCAAAGUCCUGCUGGGGACGCGGCACUGAGAGACACCGGGGACCCCCCCCGCACCCCAAAACCCAGCUGGGGACUCCCGAAGCCCCCCGAGGCAGGGGGGGCUCAGGGGCACCCUCAAAACCCAGCAGGACUCCUCCCCCUCUUCACCGAGGUCCUGCUGGGGACACGACACUGAGGGACCCCCAGAACCAUCGGGGGACCCCCAAAAACCCCUGGAGUCCCCCGUGCCAAGAGGGGGACAGGGGGACACACAUAACUGACCCCCCCCCACCAUCACCUUCAUGAACACCCCCAAACCCCCCCUAGAACCACCCCUGGACCCCCCAAACCCUCCCAGGCACCCCCGAUUCGAGGGAGCACAAGGGGACCCUCCCACCAUCUUCAGCACCAAAGUCCUACUGGGGACCCCCAAACUCCCCCUGAGACCCCCCCCCAGACCCCUCAAAUACUCCCCAGACCCUCCAACUGCCCUUGAGGACCCCCCAAAACCUCCUACACCCCCCCAACCACCCCCUCAAGUGAAGAAGGGGAGGCUGGCAGAAAAGGGGGCACAGGGACACCCCCUGCAAUCUGGGGGGGUCCUGGAGGAACCCAAAUAAAUCCACAUUUAUUUUGGUGUAA